AUGGAAAAAAAGAGAAAACAAAUCAUAUCUUAUUUGGAUGUUGAAACAAGCAGUACAAGCACCAGUAGUAGUAGUGACAAUGACGUCGACAUUAAUGAUGAGAAUCAAAAUAUACAACAAAGUAUUCAAGAUAGAAUAGAAAGAAUCAAACGACUAAAGAAUGAAAUACAAGAGUUUGAAUCACGUGAUAAACUAUAUUAUCAAGAUCAACAACAACAAAAGAAACAAGAUGACAAUGAUCAAUUAUCAUUGAUUAUUAUCAACGAUGAUGAUGAUGAUGAUAAUAUUGGUAUUUUAAAUCAAGUCAUUAAUGAUAUAAACAAAACUAUUACCAAAAUCAAUGGAUGGAUUGAAAAAGCUUAUGAUUUGAUCAACUAUAAUAAUACAAAAUAUCUACAAUCUCUUGGGAAUCAUGGUCUACCACAAACCACCAAAUCACUAGAAAUGUAUCAAAUGGACUGGCAAUUGUAUCCAUCAAAAUAUAAAUACCAAGUCGAUCGUGAAAGGGAACUAUCAAUGUCAUCUCAGAGGACUGACCCUAUCAUCGUAAAAAGUAAAGUAGUACCAACUAAAAAAUAUAUUGAAAAGCAUGGACUUCCUCCUCCUCCUCCUCCUCUAAUCCUAACAUCAAAAACAACAACCAAUUCCAAUGCAGAAAGAGAAAAGGAAUUAAAGGAAUUAUUGAAAAAAACAACAACCAAUUCCAAUACAGAAAGAGAAAGGGAAUUAAAGGAAUUAUUGAAAAAAAGAAAUAAUAAAUAA